GUGAGUGGAGUGUGCGUGUGGGCUCCCGACCAGAGCGAAUUCACGCCCAGUCGUUCCCCAUCCGCUCUAUCACUGCGAGGAAAAACAGUCAACUCAAUUUUAACUUGGUGUUCCUAGUUCCUCUACUGCAUCAGGAAUGAGCAGCCCUGAUGCUGGUUACGCUAGUGACGACCAGGUUCAGAGUAGGUGCAACAUGACCGGGAUGUUGCCGACGAUGGGAUCCUGCCAGUGGGCUGAACCUAUGAGCUCUCUCGUAGAUACCAAAGUCGCUGGCGCUGCCGAUCAAGCGAACAAUCCCGGCAACCGAUCGAAGUCUGAGAGCCGCAUCCGGCGGCCGAUGAAUGCCUUCAUGGUCUGGGCAAAGGACGAGCGCAAAAGGCUGGCGCAACAAAACCCGGACCUGCACAACGCCGAGCUUAGCAAGAUGCUGGGUAAGUCGUGGAGAGGCCUCUCCUUGACUGAGAAACGCCCCUUUGUGGAGGAGGCUGAGAGACUUCGGGUGCAGCACAUGAAAGAACAUCCCAACUACAAAUACCGGCCUAGGCGGAGAAAACAGAUUAAGAGAAUAAAGCGGGUGGACACGGGCUUGCUGAUGCACAGCAUCUCUGAGCAGCAGCUGAGCAACGACGGGCGCGUUUGUAACCAAAGCAUGAAUAUGUCGUACCACGACACCGGCUACUGCAUACAGAGCCAGAUUCCGCACCUCAGCCACUACAGGGAAGCACAAACCAUGGCAGCCGGUGUGGAAAGUUUCGGCUUACCAACCCCCGAGACGUCUCCUUUGGAUGUUUUGGAGGCAAGUUCUGUAUUCUUCCCUACACAAUUGCAAGAAGAUUGCCAAAUAAUGCCUUAUGGGAACAGCACUGGAUACCACCCCCACCAACAACACCCCGACUACUCUUCCCAGGAAAACCAAGCCGCCCUUUUCCGUCGGCAGAGAGCUGAGCUGGGUGUUUCCCAGGAUGAUCAGCUGGGACACGACGGCGGUUUCCAUGGGAUGUUCAGCUCUUGCCAUAACAUGGUAGCAAUGUACUACAGCCAGAUGUGCUCGCCAAACGGCCAGCGGUCCUUGAAUAUGCAUGUUGGCCAACUCUCUCCACCCCCCGAACCGCACCGCGCGGACAACCUGGAUCAUCUCAGCCAGGCUGAUCUUCUGGCGGAAGUAGAUCGCAAUGAGUUCGAGCAAUACCUCACGUCGGUCGCACGACCUGAUCUGGCAGGACUCGCCUACAAUGCACCCGAGGCAAGUCCGAACGGACUCACUUCAGUAGAGAGCAAUCUGAUUUCCUCCGUCCUUUCCGAUGCCAGCACUGCCAUGUAUUAUUCCAAUUUCCCUUCGGCAUAAUGAACUCGCAAAAGAACUGCGCAAAACUAUCGACCAGUAUUAAAACCAAAAUGCUUUAAAAAUUUACUUGACCUCAGGGUGUCUUGGAAAAUGUUGCCUGAUAGAAAAAAUUAUUUAAGAUUGCAUAUUUAAACUAAUUUUGCUUUCACUUUGUGCUUCAGAUCAACACGGCGGGGUUUGGGUUUGUUUUGUGCAACACCACAAUGACCUUACCUUUGUAUUUUCGUCACCUGGAAUUUAUUUUCUAAUAAUGGGGGAAAAUCUGUACAACCAAUCUGUCACAAGCAGCGUCCCGCAGUUUGUACUGGACGAGAAUUGCUUAAGCAAUCAUUAUGUAAAUAUUUAAUUUCUUAUUGAAAUGGGAAUGUUUUGUACUUUUUUUUGCACUUUUAGCUAAUAAAGUU